AUGGCUAUAGCCCGCUGCGUGCAUGCCCAGAAGAGCAUGCGCGCGAGCAUCUCCUCGGCGUCCAGAAGCGCCCGUAGCUUCAGUACCGUCAAGCUCUCUGGCGCUCCCCCGUGGCGGCCGUCUUCUGUCCUCGAUGACUGGGUGCAACGCGAGGCUCGUCCCAUCAGCCUGCGCCAGUUGACUUUCUUUGGCGCCCGCUUGACAGAAGCGCGCUUGCUGGGUUCUGCAAACUACGUCCGCUCCGAACUGCCCACGCGUAUUGCCCACCGCCUUCGAGACAUGCAAACCCUCCCCUACGUUGUCGUCACCAAUCCAAACAUCUCCUACGUCUACGAGCUCUACUACCGCGCCUUCGAGAGAUAUCGCCGUCUUCCCGAAGUCAAGACCGUCGAAGACAACGAUGAGUUGUGCAAGGUUAUACGAGAGACGUUGGAUGAGCACCUCACCGUCAUUCCGCGCUUGGCCAUUGGGGUGCUGGAGGUUCAGGGUGCCAUGAAGCCUGAAGAGACGGAUAAGUUCAUGACCACGCUGCUUAGAUCGCGCAUUUCCCGCCGAACCAUCGCAGAGCAGCAUCUUGCUCUUACAGAAACAUUCCACUCCCCGUGGCAUUUCCCCGACGCAAAGUUCCAGCUCGACCCGCACAUGGAUUCUGUGGGUGAAAUAUUCCUCAAGUGUAAUGCAAAGGAGAUCGUCGAGCACUGCGCAAACACCACCAAGGAUCUCAUGAAGAAAACGUAUGGACCUGAUAUCCCCCUCCCAGAUGUCAAAGUUGAGGGCCACAUCACCGCUACAUUCCCCUACAUUCUCACCCAUCUGGAGUACAUCAUUGGUGAACUCCUGCGGAAUUCUAUCCAGGCCGUCAUUGAGCAGACAAAACUCAAGGGAACGGGGGCUCCGCCCAUAGAAGUGCUCAUCUGUGAGACGCAGCAGCAUGUCAUUAUCCGUAUCUCUGAUCAGGGAGGCGGUGUCCCAAAGGACGUGCUACCAUAUCUUUGGUCUUUUAGCAAGGGUCCCCGCAGCAAGCUCCGUAUCGAGAACUUGUCGAGGGUUCCAAAGUUGGCAGCAACCAUGCAAGAAGUCAAGCCCCGUGUAGAGGGCGAACACCACGACGGCUCCCUCAGCUCUCUGACCAGCCGCCCGCCCGAUCUGCGCCUAGGAAUCGGCUUGCCUAUGAGUAGAAUCUAUGCAGAAUACUGGGCGGGUAGUCUGGAGCUGCACAGCCUAGAAGGCUACGGGGUCGAUGUCUUCCUGCAGAUUUCCAAAUUGGGCAAUAAGAAUGAGCAGCUCACGACAAGGGCAAGCAUGGAUGCCGUACUGCGCGUCCAAGUCCACGACACCACCGCCAUCCGUACUGCGAACAGCGAUUUUCUAUACUUCCUGAAGCAUAUCGGCCAACAUACUUCGCAAGCAGCAUUCGUGACAAUGGAAUGCACCCAUGUUUAUGGUGUUGAGCUUUCCAGGCUCCGCAACCUGUCGAGCGAGUCGCAACUCCUACGAAAGAUCCACUUUCGCCUUGAAUCCGACGCCCUCCCCGCGAGAGGUUCCUACCUCGACCUGUACGUUCCGGAUUUCCAUCAAUAUGACUCCAACAAAGACCGUCUGUAUCGGCAUCUCGACGCCACAUCAACCUGGAGGCGGUUGACCACCGCGCAAGCCGAAGAGUUGAAGUUCUGGGAAGAGAUGUUCGCAGCUGUCCUCGAGUAUGUCGUUUCCAACCACUUGAUCGACAUUGUGGAUGAAAUGGAUAACUGCAACAUUGAUCGUUACCCCGGCGACUUAGAUGGUCGCAUCUGCAACUUCAUCGACAAGCUCGAGCCUCAGAACAUUGCCGUCAAUGUUCGUGAGAUCAUCACUUACAUGCUUGAGCUCUACAAACGUCAUGGAUGCCAGCAUCAAUGGCUUGCCGCCAGCGGCAACUUCUACAACGCGCUAUGCGAAUUUUUACGCACCCGUGACUGCUUCGAGGAUGGAGACCCUCAACCCACAGUGAAUGUCUCUUUCUCUGCCUCCCUCUCGGGUAAUGAGCCGAAGGUUGUUGGAAUUCUCAGGCGCUACGGUCCCUUGAUGAAAUUCAAACGACUGGACGUCUUCACGAGCGAAGAAGGUUGGUGCGAAAUUCGCCCCUCGUAUACAGAGCCAGUCUUGGAACCGGGCUAUACUUCCAUCAUUGCACAGCCAGAGUACCGACUCGCGUCUGAUUGGAUCAAGUUUGACUGGGACAAAAACGCCGAAGGCUUCCGAGGCUACGUUCGGCCACUUCCAAACAUGGGAGAUCGAGAGAAGGCCUGUCCUAAACGGUCCUUGUUCCACCCACCCCCAGGAGACCAGGACUUGGACGACGUCAUGAAAGCCCACAAGCGCUCAGCCGCUUCGUCGCCCACGAAACAGAAGAAAAAGAAGAAGGCGAUGGUGAAAGCGCCUUGCUUCUCCCCUCCCAGUCCACGCUGGGGCCGAAAUGUCCCUGCAUGGGAGACGUUGCCCGUACGCGAGCAUCGCGCCGAGAAGCAAAAAGAUUAUGACAAUUCCGCCGACGACUUCGAAGCCACCGACGACGAGUACAUCAUCAUCUACCAACCCCACACGAUCCCCUCCUCGUGCGACUUGAACGGCUCCGACGCACCCCUCGAGAUGAAGCCGACCACGAAAGGCAAAGGCGGCAGCCGUCCGUCUCCCCCCAAGAAAACCUCCCGCUUCAACGUCACCCACUACCCCGGCAUGUCGGUGUCGCCCGAGCUGGUCCAAAGAGCGAAGACUCCCGUCUGCCCUGCCUCCGCACCACCCUGCCCGCCGCGCCGCCGCGCCGUCGACUCCGUGCUCGGCAUCAGCAGCGACGAAAAACGGCCCACCUCGUCUGCCGUCUGGGUCACGCUGGACGAAUUUCCGUCGCCGCCCAAGAACAGCGCGUGCAGCGCCGUCGACGACGCCACAUGUUUCCGUUGGCACGAUGAUGAAGACGGCCAUGGCCACCACAACCAUGGCCACGACGGCCACUGCGACAAUGAUCCGGCUCAUGCUGCCGCUCUAGAGGCCGCCGUCAUGGCCGGUCCGUCUCACAUGGAGGAGCAGGCGACGGCCGACUUAUACAGGUGGCUGGGGCAUCUGGGUAGGCCAAAGGUCGAUGUCGAGGAGAUUCGUAGGGGCAUGAGAGAGUGGUAUGACUCCAUGAGGCUGAAGCAAGAUACGCCUUGCCGGAAGACGAAAGAUGAUCUCAGCCAGGAGUAUGCUUUUGAACAGGCUUUCCAUGAGGCUUUUCUGGGGGGUGAGAGUGGCGAGGAUGGAGAUGCAGAGGGCGACGAUUGA